AUGAGCGUGCCGAUCCCUGGGAAAUCGUCAUGGCCGGAACUGGUGGGCGUGAAUGCCACGCUGGCAGCGACAGCGAUCGCCCACGACAGGCCGGACGUGGCCGUGGAGGUGCUCCCGCCGGGGGCACCGGUCAUCCCGGACUUCAACCCCGCGCGCGUCCGCGUCUUCAUCGACAACAACAACCUUGUCGCCAAGGUCCCCGUCAUAGGCUAG